GUGGGAAAUGUGCAACUAUGACCUGCGAUGUGCUUGUAGAGGUGUUCCUAAUCAUUUGGAUGCCUACCUGAGGCAGUCCAGAUGUGAUGUGUAGUACACAACAAUAAUGUCGUCAUGUUUGUCAAGGUAGAAUGUUACUAGAUUGUGCAGGUGUACCUCUUGGUGUCUGUGAAGGACUGGAAAGUUCAAGGAAAAGUCGCUUUUUUGUGAAAUCCCAACCCACCCAUCAUCCAGAAUUCUUACGUGAGACAUCAACACACGUCUUUCUCGAUUUUGUGCGUUCUAAAGAUAUAAAAACAGGUAAAAAGAGGGAGCGCAGAAUGCACGUCUUGGGGCGCACCUAUUCCACCUAUAAAGCCUUCUGAAAAAACCUCCACAAAUAUCAUUUUACACGAUUGUCACUUUUCAUUUUACCACAAUAAAGACCAAACCAUUACAAUAAUGUACAUUCACAUGAAAAAUGUAGCAUUGUUAUGAAAAAAGCAGAAAAUGUGUCAUUUUAUAAGCGUACUUAAAUCAUGGGGUAAAAAAAAAUGGUCAUUUGUUGCCAAUAAAGUCACACUCUAACGGCAAUAGCGGCACAUUUUUACAAGCAUAAAGUUGUGAAUUCACAGAGAAAAGUAGUAAUGUCACGGGGAAAAAUCACAUUGUCAUUUUAUGAUCGUACAAGCAAAAAACAUCCACUGCACUCCACUUUUUCUCAUAACAUCACGUCUCCAACAACCAUCUAUGAGGCCAAAAAAUACUGUAAACAAAGUAUAAAACGACACCUGUUUCCCCUCUGCAGUGUAAAAAUGUUGUUCAUUUAAACUCAAAUUUCUCUCUUCUGACAGCCAAGUUAGAAAACCUCACAACUGAACAAGGAUUUUAGCUCACUAAGCCUGAUCAUGUUAGCAUGGCCACCGUUGCUAGGCAGAGUUCGUGGGGCGCUAUCAUAACUGCCCCGUAGGACGCCUUGAAUAAAAAGUGCACUUCUUUCGGAAUUUUGCCUGUCAUCCACAAUCCUUAUGUGAGACAUGAACACACGUCUUUGUCUUUUCUGUGCAUUCUAAAGCUAUAAAAACGGGUAAAAAGAAGCAGUCAAGAAUGCACGUAAUGGGACACACCUAUUCCGCCUGUAAAGCCUUUUGAACAAAUGGCGCCAAAAAGGCUCCAUUUCCAUAAUGUGAGCUGCAUAUGAACCACAUUAUUAUUAUUAUUAUUGUUAUUGUUAUUAACAUUGUUACGCCCUAGAACUACGUUACUUGCGUAGUGACACCUCACCACGCUACUAGCCGGCUAGCUACUAGCUUCACCACACACUAGCCAAAGGUAAGGCUACAUAUUGGAGCUGCUGUGUUUUUGUUCCUUUCUAUGUUGCUAUGUGAAAUCAAUGCACCCAGGAAGGAAGUUCCCAAAAUACUCCCAAGUAUGACAUCUUAUCAUGAAUGUACCUGUUACUACAUGAUCACAGCAUGGAUGGAAAACCACUAAACCAUCUUGGAGCUUUUUGGACGUGUUUUAAUAGGUGGAAUAGGUGCGUCCCAUUACAUGCAUUCCUUACCUACCUCUUUUUAGCUGUUUUUAUAUCUUUAGAAGGCACAGAAAAGAGAAAGACGUGUGUUCAUGUCUCACAUAAGGAUUGUGGAUGAUGGGCGCACUUUUUGCUUUGAAAGUGAACAAUUUGGAUGGAAGUAGUGUUUAUUUUAGGGGGUGGUACGUCAUCAAAAUGUAAAUUUCCUUUGGGGGAGGGGGCUGGAGUUUCCUGCAUAUCUUUGUGCACAUGUAUGACUGUAUUUUUUUUUCAUGUGGUGUUCACUAUUAAGUGGCUGUAAUCGACUCAGCUGAGACCCAACAGUUUUGUGUUGUUUUUGUUGGCUUAUUUAACGACCCGAGAGGGUUCACAAUAUUAGAAGCAGUUCUUAAUAUGAUGCAGUGAUGCAAGCCUCCAGCCACAAUAAUUCACACAGAGCGUUAUUGUGGAUAUUUUCGUAUUGGAUUGCAUGUGCAUGUGCAUGUGUACCUAAUGGUGUGCUUUUAAAACUCUGUAAAGUUAAAGUGAAGAAUUUGGAUGGAAAUCUGUGUACUUGGGGUGUGGUAUGUCAUCAGGAUGGCAAUUUUUGGAGGGACCGUUGCAAGCACUACAUGGUGAGUUUCCUGGGUUUCCCAUUUUUUAUGCAACGUGAACUACACUCCUGAUCAAAAUUUUAAGAUCAGUUGAAAAAUGUGAAGAAAGUACAUUUUGCACUGUUGGAUCGUAAGGAGGUUCUAAGCAGAGAUUCAAAAAAGAAGAAAUGGGAGUGAGACAAAAAGCAAUUUAAUGCAAAGACGAAAUAGUAAGUGAAAUCAAGUGAAAUAGGCUGUUCAUCAGCUGAUCAAAAGUUUAAGAGCAUAGCUUAAAAAAACCCUGAAAUAGAAAUAAACUGUGUAAAAAAGGGGUGGGUAAUGAGUCGCUGUGCCAUUCUUGUUCAUGAGGUGACAGAUGGGUUGGGCAUGCUUGAUGCCCGUGACUACGUUUACAUGCAGUCAGUAUUCGGGUUGAAGUCAAUAUUCUGGUUUUGGAAACAUUCGGAAUAACGCGUUUACAUGCGUGACGUGAAAAAAAAAACACACUGACAAGGUUUCGACGCACGGUAAACAUCAUGAGGCAAUGCCUGUCAUUUCCACUUCUUCUUCCUGUAUCCAAAAACAACAACACCGGCACGGCGGAUAAUGAACGCUGUGCCAUCCACAUCCACGCUACAUCCCCAGAGCCCCCCGACAUGAACAUGCGGUCAUACCAACCCUGCUUGGCGUAACUGCUUGCUCACCUUCUGAUAGAUUUGGCUAUUGUGGUACUUCCUACCAUCAAUAAAAGACGUAAUGUUCCUGUCUUUCCCCGCACUAACAAGGUGGCUUGUUUGCCUCUCGCUCCAAAAGUGGGGGUUUGCAUGUCGUCAUAUUUACAAGUAGUUCCUGCCAAAGACACAAGAGUCCCUUCCAAUAGAACAUGCAGAACACAAAUUAAUGUUCCUUUUCAUCGGGAUAUCCCCAUGGGUGUAUACAUGACCCGAUUUUCGGGUUAGAAAAGGAGUAACCCAGGCGUAAUAUUUGGGUUUUUAAAAACUGGAAUAUGAGCAUAUUCAGGUUUUUCAAAAGGGUUAUUGGUGUUUACAUGGCCAAGUGUUCUCCAUUGGAUUUUGAUGAGGGGAACACACAGUUUUGAGGGAUGCCCCCCUGCAACAUCUCCAUGUAGCUGGCUGCCGUUUGACGCCCCUGCACAACCUGAAGCUCCAUUGUUCCACUGAAGGAUGAUGAUGAUGAUGCCCCCUCCACUGUGCCAUGUGGAAAACAUCUGAGGUGGGAUCUCCUUGUCAUGCCAGUAACGUUGGAAGCCAUCAGGGCUGUCAAGGGAGAAUAAAAGUUUCUUCCACCUUUCAAUGUCCCAUGUUUGGUGCUAUCCUCCUGAAAAUUCCAAACGCCCAAUUUUGAAGAGCUUUUUUCUUGUUAAAAGCCUUCUCUGUCAGAUGGCGUCUGAUGGUUAUCGGACUGCACCAGGCACCAGUAACAACCUUCAUUUGGGCCGAGGAUGGUCCCGUGUCUUCACUAACAGCCAAUGGGAUCCUCCGGCUCAUUUUUUUGGGUCUACCGCUUGACUGUUUUGCUCCAUGAGCCUCAGGAUGUUUUUCAGAAGUUUGAGAUGAGUGUCUUACUGCGUCCAACCUCAGCAGCAAUGGUGCGCUGGGAGAGGCCUUGCUUAUGCAGCUCAACAAUCCCACCGCCUUCAAAGAGAGAAAGCUUUGUUGCCUUUGCCAUCAAGACAUCAUGACGACACUAAAUCACAUUCAAUCCACGUUUGCCAGCAUUUUGCCUUUUCAAGGCUGUGCUGAUCAACAGCCUAUUCCACUUGAAUGCUUCUUGCAAUAAAUUGCUUCUUUGUUUUGCUCCCAUUUUGUCUUUUUGCAUUUUGAAUCUCUACUUAGAACCUCCUAAAGAUCCAACAGUGCUAAAUGUACAUGCUUCACAUGUUUCAGCUGCUCCUAACAUUUGGAUCAGGAGUGAACUAUUAAGUGGCUGCAAUGGACUGAGCUGAGACCAGCCGUGGGGGGGGUGUUGCUCCGGAUGUGACGCAGUGCAGAAGCAAGAAAUAAUAACGGACUAUUUUCUUUGUAAAGGCAGAAAUGUUGUGUUGCAUGUCAUUAGCUCAUGACUGCAGUUUGUAUAGAAAUGUGUGGCAUGCUAUCCAAAUGUACAUUUUUGGGGGGGUUACUGGUGCAGAUAUUUGUCUUUCUGCAUGUUUCUACAUAUGAUCUAUUUUUGAUGUGAAGUGCACUUUUAAGUGGCUAUAAUUGACUCAGCUGAGACCAGCAGUUUUGCAUGAUUGCUAUUUUUUACAAACAUUUUUGCUGCACAGUUAACUGGGAAAAAACAUACUUAGUCCACUAUGAAGAAAGACUUGGCUUGCAUUUUAUUGCAUCCUACCUUGCUCCCCUUAUCAUUUUUAUAGCGAGUUCUGCUGCACACCAGUUAUUUUUGGUUCCUCCGACUAAUACAAGUCAUGAUUGUGCUGUUUCCAUGGCGGUGCACAACCUCGUAGCACGGUGAAAAAAACGAGUCCAGCGACACCCAGGAACUACUAUUUGUGUUGUAGUAACAACAGCUGGUGGUAAUUUAUGCUCUUUAGGAUUGUUGACAAAGUAUGUGUGAAACGUACGCAGCUCUUUUGGGCAAGAGCACGCCUGCUGUUUUCAAGGCGUUUAGCGCUGGCUCAUUCAUCCACUGUAAACAGGACACCACUUCCUGGAACAGGCAGCUGAACUGGCUUUAAAGGAGCCAAAUUGCUGCUCGGCCACAGCGCUACCGCACGAGAUGUAAACUCCACAGUGGCCACCUACAUGACAUGACAUCGCAUUGCAUUACAUGACAUUCAUGACAGUACAUGACAGUACAUGACAGUACAUGACAUUACAUGACAGUACAUGACAGUACAUGACAUCGCAUUGCAUUACAUGACAGUACAUGACAUUCAUGACAGUACAUGACAGUACAUGACAGUACAUGACAUUCAUGACAGUACAUGACAGUACAUGACAUUACAUUGCAGUACAUGACAGUACAUGACAGUACAUGACAUUACAUUGCAGUACAUGACAGUACAUGACAUUACAUUGCAGUACAUGACAUUCAUGACAGUACAUUAGACUACACAUUAGACUACACUGUCUAUUUCAUAUUUAAAGUAGCACUGUCAAAUGAUCAAAAACGAAUCCCAGUUUUCUAAUGAACUCAUCCUGAUGAACUCAUUCAAUAGCAAAGGCGUAUUGAUACGUUUGUAUAAACAUCCCAACAAGGUAUUUUUAUGUCUUUUACGGCCACCAGGUGGCAUAAGUGCAUUUGAUAAGAGCUCUGCAGAGAUCAUGCGGACGGAAAAAACACACAUGACAGCAAGGAGGAAGUGAGAGAGCGUGGAGGAGUGUAGCGUGCGGAAGCUUACGCAUCGUAGGGAAAUUUUAGCACCCACACACACACAGUUAAGUUCCAAAUGUGAGAUGUGUUAUAUUUGUAAAUAAAUAGUUAUUUGGAUGUUGUUUAUGUUGGUGUAGUUGUUUAGAUAUCUGGGCUGUCACAACAGCAACAAAUGUGUCAAAGUGAAAGUUAUGCUCGAAAUGUAUCUUUUUUCACAGAAAGCUGUUUUUCUCCUUUUUUUUGGUGGGAACUGAUAUUUCCCUGAAACGUAGCUCCAGUAUGUUCUACUGCUGAUUACGAAAGAACGCAGGAAGGUGGAAACAACCUACUUUAUCUGAUGAAAGACGGGAGUCCCAUCUUCCUUUUGGCCCAGUCAAGAAGCAUGUGAUGACCCACACCAAGCAAAGGGGUUCCAACCAACACUGGGACCGCAGCCCCCCGUGGCCGCAUGGUGCCGCUAUGGGCGGAGACCAGCCCGAGCGCUCACUCCGCUUCGGCCGGACCAAGAAGAUAAGUGAGGUCGUCCGUCGAAGGAAGACGAUGAAGGACAAGGGAUCCAAUCAUACCCAGAAACUGGACUGCAAUAAAAAAUGGGACAGGAAGUUGUAUCCUCUAAGGGGGAGGGUGGGGGACGGGCUUAGCUGUCAUGUCCUCCUCACGAGGUUGGAGGAAAGCAUCCGCGGGCAAAAGAAAGCUGAAGAGAGAAAGGUGUCCGACAAGGCCAGGAAAGGUGGGAUCAGCGUAAGAACGGAGGCCAAGUUGACGUCAAAACUCAAAUCGAAGCUGAGGGACUUCGUACAUGUCUCGCAACCACGCAAGCGCCGCCUCGCCUCCCUCAACGCCGAGGCGGUGAACAGCCUGCUGCUGGAAAGAGCCACUGACCAGCCGGCAGUCAAACAGGCUAAAAGACAGGAGGAGCCCACAAAUGGAGCGCUCUCCAUGGAGGAGUUUCCCACGUCCAGGAGCACCACCACGGCAGCUCUGAAAGUCUCACGAGGGAGCGUCGCUAAACCCUCCUCGUCUCACAAACCAGACCAGUGCCGAAUCUCCGUGAAGGUCAAGAGAAAAACCUCCAGAGGAGGCGAGAGUAGAGGGUUGAGUUUGGACAUUCUGGAUACGCCCACGCCGAGGCGACUGGCUGGUCUUAACGCCGCCGCCCUGCUGAAGUUGACCAGCUCAUCUGCUGUGACGAAGCAGCGAGUAAAGGCGCCCCCCAGCGCUACCAUCACAUCUGACUGCAAGAACCCUGCUGCGACCCAAAAACAGCCCCCUCGAGUCAAACACAAAGAGCGCUCGCCGAAACAAAAAAGGAGUCCCAUGAAGGUGUCCCCCAUGCACUGCAGCUGCUCAGCUUGCAAAGAGAAGGCGGACUUUGAGCCCAAAGUGGAGUGGGAGUCCGGUACCGUUGCCAAACCGGGCUACCAGCCACGCAGCAUGCUAGGCUACUCGCUGAAAAAUGUGAAGGAAGAGCAGCUGGAAACGGAACUAAGCCCCUGCUACUGCUGCCCCCCUGAGGGCUCUGUGGAAUACUGUCACCGCCUGGCCUUCUUCCUGGGCCAGCAGCCCUACGCAGAGUCAGGUGAUCAACCCAUCAGCUCGGCGGUGACCCCUGUGAAGCGUGAAUGCCUGGUCACCUCGCCGUCCCUUACCCACUCCCACCCGGCCCUGACCCUCAGCCACCACCCCUGCCUCUGCUACUACGUCCACAUCACCCCACACCCGCCGCACACUGGAACAUCUGCACCGCCGCUCCCAUCCAGACGCCUGAGCUUUGCCCCACCCGGCUUGUGCCCUAAUCGGACGAUUGCCUCCGAGCCGCCGGGUCCUCCGGUGACACACACAUCAGGAAUGCCCCACCCGGCCUACUGCAACACGGUGGGCUCGCCUUGCUGCGGCCAAGCCUGCGGGAUCAACGGCUACACCUGCAGGGCAUUGCCUCCUCUCAACAGCAGGGGAUGCUCGUUCAGCGCAGGAUGCACUGGAUGCUCGCGUGGCAUCAAAACAGAGACUUUCUCCUCCCCUCAGGGUGACCACAGUCCCUCCCUUCUGGUCCCCCCACCUAUCUCCACCCAGACUAAUCCCCACCUGCUGACCCCUCUAUCGGACCGGGAUCAGCAGCCCCGGGCCAGGCUAAAAGCGGCCGCAGACCACCCACGAGGCACCAAGGCCUCCUCCAACGGCACCCUGCCCGCGGGCCGCCUGCGGUCGCCCCAGCAGCUUCCUCCAUCCCCCCCAAGCCCCUGCAAACAAAAGAAAGUGGUUCGCAGACGCGCCACCAACGGCUGGCGGCCUGUUGGAACCCCCGCAGGGAAGGAGGUUUUUAUCGCGGGGGAGGAUGAGACGGCGCUCCGGCUGUGCUACGAAGGCGUCGAGAGGGACGGCGAAGUGAUCCGCGUUCGAGACACGGUGCUGCUGCGAUCGGGCCCCAGGAAGAAAUCCCUGCCGUACGUGGCCAAGAUAUCAGCACUGUGGGAGGAUCCCAAAUCAGGGGAGCUGAUGAUGAGUCUGUUCUGGUACUACCGACCUGAGCACACCCAGGGAGGCCGAGAUCCCAGCACACACUGUGAGAACGAGAUCUUCGCCUCUCGACAUCAGGACGAGAACAGCGUGGCCUGCAUUGAAGACAGAUGCUACGUCCUCCCGCUAGCCCAGUACUGUCGAUAUUGUGCCUUGAUGAAGCGACGUUCCGAAGGCGCCCCGCCCGGCGGCUCCAGCACGGUGCCCCCGUGCACGGACUUCGUGCCCCCCUCCCACCGCUGUGUGCCCAGCGACGUGGACCCGGAGCUGGUGUACCUGUGCCGCCACGUCUACGACUUCCGCUACGGACGCAUCCUCAAGAACCUGCAGUAGGAUUUUCCAUGAAUUAUUAAUCACCAUCCAGUACACCCCCUGCCCCCCCGUCCAGCUGAAGGACUGGCUUGUGGGGGGGGUGAAGCACGGAGCCCUUUAGCUGGCUGAAGAGGUUACAAUGAAAUAGAUGAUGUAUGAUGUCUCAGCCAGAUUUGAGCGUCCUCCACCACCAAUACCCCACCCCCACCCUUCGCCCACCCCCCCGUCUCUCUGGCUGCCAGGCAUGCUGUACACCACACUGAUCUGGCCGACCGUCUCUAGCAUGUUUGCCCCAAAAGCAUGUUAGCACUACAGCCGUGUUUCUAAACCACCGGCUCAGGGGGGCUCUGGUGGCUAAGGUUCUUCCGGGGUGGGGUGGGGUGGGGUGGGGGGGACGCACUGGACCUCAACUGUGCUCAAGCAUGCAGGCUGGAGGAGCACCUAAUGGACACUUUGGGCUGGCGUGUGUGCGUGGGAGAGCGAGUGCUGUCAGUGUGGAUAAAUGUGGGAAUGUGUUUUGCUGGUGUUUUAUUUUUUCCCGACGCUUUCAGGCAAUCAAACCAAACAAAAGCAGCUUUUUUAGAGGACGAGGAUCUCUGUGCCGCUCAGUUUCUUAUCCCGUUUCUAAAUGACGCUCUGCACAAUCUAAAAUAUUCCUUUGACAGACCAAAGUCGCCCCGGAUUUAACUUCUGCUCACCUUUUGCCUAUUUUGAGGGUGUCUUUUUUUAUUUUUAUUUUUUAAUGGGUCCAAUCGGGAAAGAAGGAAGCAGUUGAAGGAGCCUUCCUUGCACUCUACCGCUUCCAUUUUGUCCAGGGUCACUGGGGGAGCUGAAGAGGACGUUUGCCAGCUACGUGAAAAAGGUUCCAUCAAAGUACAGCUGGCCACUCUAUGGUUUGUGUUUCCAGUGCAGACGGGAUGACGUUGACCGUUAGCUGCUACGUAAAUAGUAGGGGUGUCACAAGAUUUGUCCUUCUCGUGGGCACAAGGCCUGGGACCACCAUAAAUACAUAAAUGAAUGAAUCACACAAUAAAUGAAAGUGAACUGGAUCAUUUUGCCGGCCUCAAUAUAUCGCCAUGUGCAUGUGCGUCCGUUCUCCUCGACUCCCGCCUCCAAACAGCAGGAAGUGGGUUGACUUUGUGCAUUGCUUUUGUUUAUUCCAUAGAACAACAGCAUGAAUGGAGUGAGCCCUUUGACAGUCAUACAGUCUCUUUGUCUGGGUGGGUGGAGGCGGGUCCGCUAGCAUGCACACAGCGUGCAGGGGAAUGUAACCUCGUGAGGAGCAAAUGUAAGGUAACGCAGUAGAAAUUAAAGUAGUAGGUUGCAACAUAUUUUUUAUUCUACAUUUCUUAAGUCAUGUUGAAAUCUUGUAGCGUCUCGUCUGGUGAACCGGGUGUCUCGUGACCCCCCUGGUAAAUAGCGAGACGUGGUGCUAAGGAAAUCGGCAUCACCUCAAAAAUAUUUAGCUACCUCUGCUUGCCAGCACGGUUUGCCUUCCAAUAUGUGGCUUGCACUCAGCGUAUGAGGAAAGUUCAAUGCUUACUUUGAAUUCAUCCAUCUUCCGCUUAUCCAAGAUGGCGUCGCGGGGGCUCAUAUGUUUGUAUUUGUAGUCAUGACACGUAUGUGUCGCUAAUAUCAUUUCAUUACGUUCAUUUUCUAAAAUCUGGUGUUCCUGAGUACCACUAGAUCAGGGGUCUCAAACUUGAGGGGCCAUUCGCAGCCCACCAAAUCGUAUCUUGCGGCCCCCGUCUGGACAUCAAAGAGUAGUGUAACUGCAGCCUGCAACAUCCGGCCAAGCUCAGUGUGGCUUCCAUACUUCCAGGGGCAAGGAAACGCCAACACUGAACUACCAGUGGUGUUAUCACAUGGAUGCAUGUGAAUGGUAUCGUAUCGUGAGGUACCCUGACAUUCCCAGCCCUACCCCCAAUAGUUGAUGCGGCCCAGCCUCACCCACACUCUACCUCCACUGGCCCGCAGUGGAAUUGAGUUUGAGACCCCUGCACUAGAUGGAGUCAGUGGGCCACCGGGGCUAUGCCCUAAUGCCCUAAUGGAAAGCUUGCUAACUGUUUGCUACGGAAACAGCCCAAAGCUAACCAAGGUCACGGUGACAACGCAUGUCUUCUGUGAUACUUCCUGCGUUCUCAGCCCCACCACACAGGAAGUUCCACUCAGUUCGGCGCAGUUUAUUUUGUCAGUGUUUCCAUCGUCAAAAGUUACAUGGAAGACCAUCAGUACCAGCCCCCCCCCACCAUCGUCACCAUCCGUCCUCCACGCCGUGCACUGGAAACACACGCCAGAUCGCGAUUUACUGACUUUUUGAGACACGAAUCGAUUGCUUUGGUCUGGAAAGUCCAUUGCUCAGAUUGAAGCAAUUGCACCCCUCAGCUGCCCCGUGUUUCCAUAAAUAUCCAUUUGUCUCUCCACUUCCUGGUCUGAUGCCACACAAGUCCCACCCCCUCCACAUCCUCCACUCCUCAUCAGAACUUCGCUUCGUUCUUGUGUUGUUUUGCACUAAAACAUUCCUAAUCAUCUUAGGCGACGCAGUAGUGAAGAUGUCAUGGCUGCUAUCAGUAGUAGUAGUAGUAGUAGUAGUAGUAGUGUUAAAGUUGUACUACUUGUUACUGGCCCAGUACGGUAAACAUGACUGAAGCCAUUCCGUUGAUUUAGCUUUGAAGUACUUAUGAAUAUAUAUCCAUCUUUAUGAAUAUAUGUAUUUCAAAGAGAAAAGAGAAGGUGAGAAGCGUCUUUGUGAAGCCAUCGUUGCGUGUUGGAGGUGCAUGAAUCCUCGAGCCCAAAUUCCGCAUAUUCUCCUAAGUAGUAUUUUUCCCUGGGAUGUACAUGCAGUAUAUUUUUAGACUGUCUUGGUUUCCUCCAAGCAGCAAAGCAACACAACAAGUCUGACAUGAAAGACCAAUACAUUGAAAUGACUAAGAAGACACGUGAGCCCUGUUGAAACAGCCAAUAGAAUCACAGCCGAGCCUUUCUCUUCUCACUCUGUUGAAAGCAAGGAACACCAAUAUUUGUACAAUACAGUAUAUUAAGGUAUGGGUUAACUUAUUUGGGGGGCAUGCUUUGUUGAAAUAAUGAACUAUGAUGUGUUUUGUUGGAUGGAAUUUUGAAAAUGUGAUUUUUAAAAAUUUUUUUUUGGCAAGAGCGAAGCACGCGCUCACAUUAGGCAGGUUGAAAUAUUUCCUCAAAUAGUUGCCUCCGCUCUAAUCGGCGCCGUUCCUUGUGCGUUGCAGACGGACAUAAAUAGACGCCCCUCGGGGGAAUAAAUAACGAGGGUGCACGAUAAUUAUCACAUGGAUUUAUGACGUCAUACCGAGAGAUCCCACCAAUCGUCAUCUCCGUGUUUUUUCAUCUCCAAAUGUUUCUCCCUUCUUUUCUCCUGGAAAGCUGUUGGCGCUCCAGAUGUCCCCAACCACACUUUUCAGCUUCCCAUUGGAUUUUUUUAUAGUCUUGCCAGUCUGAUCCGAUCCGAUACCGAUCCCUUUUCUUAAUAAUAAGUUCGUCCUGUGUGGCGCCAUCAACUAAUAAUGUUGUUUUUGCAUACUUGGGACAGGGCACUUGCAGUGCACAAUGUGGGAGUAUUGAAGUUGGUGAGAAACGCUAUCAUGGGACCUUUAAGUAGGAAGGUUGAGCUCCGCCUCUCACAACACUGCAUUAAUUACAGGAAGCACAAAUAAAGCGCAGCACAAAUAGAAACUGAAGUCAGGCUGUUCUAUGCUCACUCUAACUGCGCAUUUGGACAUUUGAAACGCCCGGCACUCUCUGCACUUGGGCAAAUAAACGCCCUCGGCCACUAUUAGAGGAAAUACGGCGCAAGCUUGAGGCGUGCGAGCUCUCCCGCCGACCUUCACAUGUGACACGUGGGUUGGAGUGGUGGUCACCUGAGCCUCCUGUUGAUUUGUGCUGAUAAAAGACGGCGUGGGACAGGACGUCCCCCCAUGAAAGGAGGACUCUUCCUCUACACACCCAUACGUGCAUGCAGCUGGCCUUUCUUCCAGAUGUGCACCCAAAAAGCCUCAUGCCCCCGACCCCCCCGCCCUUCUUGUGGGAAAGCAGAAGAAGCUGUGAGGUUUUUUGGGGGGGGUUAGUGUGCAGCUGUGUAAGAAUUGUGUUUUUUUUUCUUUUUGUGACGUCACACAGGAAGCGUCACAAGUCAAAACGAAAGCGUGCUCUGCACUUUCUGUCGACAUAUAUUUUGAUAUAUUUGGGGUGCAGGGGCUUAAAAAGUUGGGGUAUUUUUGCAGUAAAAACGUGUGUAUCGGAUUUAUGGUGACUUUUUUUGUCAGAUGAUGUAACAUCCCUGCUGAUUUCAAGUUGCAUUGAAAGAAUAUUUAUACAUUUGAAAUGAAGCCCUUUGUGAAAACUUGGCGUGUGCGAGCGCUUUUUUUCCUUUCAUUUCAGACUUCAGCGCACUCGGCUGCCUUCCCUGUUCGCAGGGCGCUGGACUGCAAAAGGGAAGCUCGUCCGCUCGCAUGUGAUCAAAAUAGGAAGCGUGCGAGAGCCUCCCCCCCCCCCCUUAGCGGAAUAAGGGAGGGAGGUCCUGCAUCCAAAUCUCCACAGGAGGUCAGCAUUGAGACGAGCGUGCGUGCGGAUCAGGGUCACUAGACCCUCCGCAGCCUUUGCAAGGACUGCAGGUCUUAAUGAGGUCGCUCACUGCAUCUGCUUAGGACGAUGGAGGUGUAACCCCCGCCCCCUCCCGCUGGCAUUCUGCCUACACACACACACGCACGCGCGCACAUCCUGCCACUCAUUAUCUACCAGCAGCAUUAGGAAGCCCACACACAGCAAAUUGAGGAGUGUUAAUUUUUUGGUGUUGAUGAGAAUCUUGAAGUUGGAGUGUGAAUUUUACACUAUUUGGAGUUGAUCUAACACUGCAUUUUCUUAAAAAUGUUAAAUUUAACACUGGAUCAUGAAAGUGUUGUAGUUAAAAUGGAGUGUUGAAAAUGUUCAAAUCUUGUUAGUGUCACAAUAAAGACAUUCAACACUUCCACACUCCAUUUAACACCUAACAGUGUUCGCUGUCUUAAGCUCCGCCCACGGACAUUUCAUUUAGACUCCACCACUCACUUCACGUUGCUGAAAUGAAAAGCAGAUGGAAGAAGUUGACAAUUAGGAAUCAUUUUGCAUCAGUAGUGUUGCUGUGAGCUGAAUCGGCACUGCCUGUGCAACAUUUGGCAAAGUAAGUGAACGCUACGUUACAUCUUCAUUAUACUGUCUUCAUUUUGAAUAAGCUAAUGGCUAACUAGCUAAUUAGCACGAGGAGCCCCCACAUGUAGGCCUGCUGGCCCCCAGCAAAGGACUUGAUAUGCUGUACAAGAUACAAGAUAUCAAGGUUGGGCAACUGUAAUUGUUACUUUAACUUAAAAAUAAUUGUCAGGCGUGUGUUGGAAGUGAACUACACAAUUUUUUUUUAGAAUGAUGCAUCUUUAUUUUUCUUCUUGAUUCACAGAAAACCUUUGCUGGAGUCUUACAUGAAUGUGAGGUGGAUGGAGAUGUGUAGACUCCACUAUCCCUUCACCCCAGUUAUCGCCAGUGGUGGUGAGCCUCCACUCUUGCCGACUACAUCCCAUUCAUUGGGUUCAACAAUUUAUCCUUCAGCCCACAAGAGGAACCCAACAGAACCAAUGGAUCAGGAUGAAGCAUGACAGAAAGUCGGUGGUGUUUUGAGGGCCAAUCCGAAAGGUGAGGAAAUCUUCAAGGAGUGCAACAAGACUGAAACACUAACCGAUGCAAGGUGUAAACAGAUGGUGAACAUCCUGGUUGCAGAUAUGAUGGAGCUGCAUGGGAGGGUUCCGCCAUCAUGUGUGAUGAGAAAUUACGCCCUGAGAAUUGUGACUUGUUUUCCAUACCUCAAAGAUCCAUUCUCCAAACCUGGAUAUGAUGCUUAGCUUAGCUGCAGUGGCUCAAGAGGUAGAGCAGGUCGUCCAGAAAUCGUAAGCUGUUUGGUGAGGAGUGCAAGGAGGCGCUAUCUACAAUAAGACAUUCAACCGAUGAAUCCGUGGUCAAAGAAGAUGAGAGCAACUUUCCAGUAUUGACAGAAUAUGAUCCAAGCGGAAGAUGUAUCAUCGUCUGUCCUUGAUGUGUUCACUCGCUUCCUUGAUGUUCCAGGAUUGAUUGACCAGGAUUUCUCAAUGAUGUUUGCUGAUGAAGUAUCUCAGAGGUUCCUGGCUAAGUGGUCAACUGUCUUCAAAGCAGAAGUCAUUGCAGACUGCAAGACUCUCCCGCAAAAGCGGAACAUUGAUGAGAUGCUGUCAGGAACUGAACCUCAACCUGAUGACAGCUGUGGCUGGGGCAGUGAUACAUCCUCCAUCCUUCUACUCCUGCAUCUGCUCCCUCUGACCUCUAGAGGCCAGGAAAAAAAACAGCAAAGAUCAGUUUGUCAAGCAGCCAACCAUCUUCUCAGAUAUCUUAAGGAAGGAGCCAGUGUGACCCCCUUCCAAGACUGUUGACACAAGACAAGCAUUUCUCCUCUGCAUCAGUGAGCGAAGGUGACAUCCAGAGGGUUUGCAUGAUUGACCAAAAGCCGAUUACAUGCAAGGCAUAUACAUUUAUUGCAGCUUUUGAUGAAAUGUUCAAAGCUCACUAUGUCUUCAGUCUCUCGUAUGGUUAAAAAUGGAUAAGAGCAAACAUUUGGGUCUGAAUGCUGCCCAGUCAUGGUGUCUUCUAUGUAACACUCCACUUCUAUUUGGUGAUGGCAUUGAAAGGAAGAAUGAUCACUGGAACUUCCUCCUCCUUUUGAUGCAGAUUGUCAACAUACCUGUAGUGUUCUCCUACACCAUAACUGAUGGAAUGAUCCUUUACUUGAAACAUCUGAUAAGUGACCCCCACACUCGGUACAAAGCAUUGCUUCCUGGUAAGAAGUUGAUUCCCAAGCACCGCUUGAUGAUACACUAUCCAAGAUGCAUACAAAAAAUUGGCCCUCUUUUCCAGACGUGGUGAAUGCGUUUUUGAAGCCAAACACAAUUUUUUCAAAAGGAGUGGUUAAAAUUUUUAAAAAUCUCAGCCGUUUGUCGUGGCCUUUCACUAUGAAAAUUAUUAUUUUAGAAGAUUUGAAUUUGGCCCUACAUCAAAAACAAUCUGCAACUUGAAAGGAGGGGAGGAGCGUGGUCAGGCAUGAUGUCUGCAAGCAUCUUCAAGUGUGUCAAGUACCAACUGGGUGAGAAGUUACGGUAUAGAGCACCAUGUUGGUGUGUUCAUAUGUACUGGAUGUAGCUUUGAUCUACCUGUGUUCAAGAAGAUCUGUGAUAUAAUAAAACACAAAGAAUGUGCUUUCAUAAUAGCUGUAAUGUAGAAACGAUGUACUAUGAUGACCCGUUUAACGCGUACUGCAAAGAAGACCAAAUGCUUGAGUUUUCUGUCAUGUGUUUAAAUGAACUGACUCAUUUCAGACCAUUUGACAAGCAGUGCUCUAAUGACAAGUGUCAAGGAGCAUACAUACUGUAGUGCCUGCUGUUAUUUAAGCUACUGUCUGUUGGAAAUGAAAUGUUUUUGAAUAAAAUGUAUGAAGCAGUCAACUAGUCAUUUUUUAAAAAAUUUUAAAUUUUAUUUUGAAGUAGUAUAUUAACACUUUUAUAGUGUUAAUGUUGCAACUCCUUUUGAGAGUAAAAUGACACUAUAAGAGUCAAUAAAUGACUCUUAAGAGAAUUAAUUUGUGACACCUCACACUAGUGUUAAAAAAAUGCAACACCGGUUGGUGUCGAGGAGUGUUAAAUUUUAACUAUAUAAAUAGUUAAUAUUGACUCUACAAUGGUGUAAAAAUGCCUACACUUUCAAAAGUGUUAAAAUAACACUUUGUAGAGUGGACCCCAUGGGACACUUUGAAAGUGUUGAGAUUAACUCCUACAGUGUCAAUUUAGGCCUGCUGAAUUUGCUGUGCACGAGGCUCAGUUACGCAGCAAAGCUCGUGAUGAGUGUCUUAUAAGAACAGAACCCAAGAAGCUCGGUGACUGGGAAACAACAAUAAGGGCUGUUUGCUACAUCAAUACUGGGGGGUCCGCAGUGUCAAAGUCCACAGCACAUUCUAAAAAUGUCAUUUACAAAAUAAGCUAAAAAAAACACGCAAAAAUGGAAAAAUCAUCUGUAGUUUUACAAGAAUAAAGUCCAAAUAUCAAGAGAAAAAAGUGGGUUACAAGAAAAGUUACACCAAUAAUCUUGAUAUUUGUCAUUUUGGUAGCAUAAAGGUGAAAUAUUAAAUGACUUUUUUUAAAGUCUUACUACUAUGAGAAACAAACCAAAUUGCGAAAAAAGUUCUAAUGUCACAAGAAUAAAGUCCAAAUGCAGUAUGUGAAUAAAGCCCUAAUAAUGAGAAGAAAACUGAAAUAGGGAAAAGAAACAGCAGAAAUGCUAAAAAGAGCUCAUUUUACGAGAAUAAAAGGCAAAAAUAUGAAGAGAAGAAAGUUGUAUUCUAACACGAAAAAAGCAAUUUUACAAGAAUAAAUCAAAUAUGAGGGAAAAUAAUUGUAAUAUUUCAGCAGCAUAGAGUUGAAAUAUUGAAGAAAAAAAAUGUUUUUUUAAAACUCGUAAUAUUAUGAGAAACAAACAAAACAAAAUAAAGUUGUAAUUUUUUGCAAAAUUCCGAGAAAAGUUAGAAAAGUGUUGGAAUAUUUGUCAUUUUAGUAGCAUGAAGCUGAAAUAUUAAAUUAAAAGGUGUUAUAUUUUAAAAGUCUUAAUACUGUGAAACAAAACAACAAAUAAAGUUGUAAUUGUCGGAAAAACAGUUUGCAAAAAAAGUCAGAAGAAUAAAGUGGAAAUAUUAUGGCAAUAAAGUCAAAAUUAUGAGAAGAAAAUUGAAAUAGUUGGAAAAAUUCAAAAACCCCAGCAGGAAUGCAAAGAAGCUGUAAUUUUAGGAGAAUAAAAUCUAAAUGUUAAGAGGAAAAAGUUGGAUCCUAACAAUAAAAAAGUAGCAAUUUAACAAGGGAAUUUAACAAUAUGUCAAAGUCCCAUGUAUUUAUAAAUAGAAAAAAAGCCUCACCCAGGCUUCGCUACACAUCUUUAAAUGACGCCUUGAGUUCUACCAAGUAUCCAUCAGUCAGCUAUGAAUGUGGGCGCUGUCAGUUUCAUCAUUUAUCGGCUAACCUAGCGUGAUGCCAGCGCUGUAGCAUCAAUCACAUAGCUAUGCUAGUGUUGCUAGCAUUUGUGUCCUCCUGUCCAGCUGCUUCAUGUUUUGCUGUUGUGUGUGAUACAUCCAUUACGUCGCAAGCGCAGCGUUUUGAGGACAGCCCCUGGCCAAAUUGGGACCCUAAGUAAAAUUUUAUUGAAUGCGCCCCCUUGGAUCAUGGGGCUCCAUGCACAGCACGUGUUCUGCCUGUGGGGGGGGGCGGUCCUGGCUCCAGUACAGUACAGUAGUCCCUCGCCACUUCACGCUUCAAAUUUCGUGGCUUCACUCUCACGGUUUUUAGUCCAAAAAUAUGCCCAUUUAAACAAAUGUUGCGUAUUUUGCCAUCUUCGAGCAUAUCUAAAAAUGGCUAAAUGGACUUAAAUACAAAUAUAUGGCAUUCAGAAUAUGUAGUACUGUGCACUGGUCACUAGGUGUCAGUAAUGUUACAGUCAUGUUGGCUGAGACACACAAGCACCAGAAUCGGUGGCUGUUAUUGCACAUUAACUCCCAACAUGGGCUACUGUUGCGAUCAUAACCCACGCCAAGCUAAAACUCAACUCUGAACCCUCAAUGUCACUUCCUGUCCACCGGAGCACAUUUGUAUCCACACACAUCAGUGCGAGUCUUAUUUUCUCUCAUGUAUGCUACAUUGGGUAAUAGGAGUGUGAAGGAGGUGGUUAGCAUGUUGGCCACACAGUAACAGCCUGGAGAUGGGAAGACCUGGGUUGGAUUCUCCCUUGGGCAUUUCUGUGUGGAGUUUGCAUGUUCUCCCCGUGUGUGGGGGGGUUUUCUGGGUACUCCAGUUUCCUCCCACAUUUCAAAAACAUGCAUGAAUUACU